ACUAAAGUGGUGGCUGUUGAUGUGGACUCUGGACAGAAUGCCUGGCUCUCCUAUAAACUACAGAAAGCCACAGACAGGGCGCUGUUUGAAGUGGGCUUACAGAAUGGAGAAAUAAGAACUAUCCGCCAAGUGACUGAUAAAGAUGCAGUGAAACAAAGACUGACUGUUAUAGUGGAGGACAACGGGCAGCCCUCUCGUUCAGCUACAGUCAUUGUUAACGUGGCGGUGGCGGACAGCUUCCCUGAAGUGCUGUCGGAGUUCACUGACUUUACCCAGGACAAGGAGUACAAUGACAACCUGACUUUUUACUUAGUGUUGGCUCUGGCUGUAGUUUCCUUCCUCUUCAUCACGUGUUUAGUGGUUAUUAUAUCAGUGAAAAUCUACAGAUGGAGACAGUCUCGCAUCCUGUAUCACUCCAAUCUCCCUGUUAUUCCAUAUUAUCCACCACGUUACUCAGACACUUUGGGGACAGGGACUCUCCAACACGUGUACAAUUACGAGGUGUGCAGGACGACUGACUCCAGAAAGAGUGACUGUAAGUUCGGCAGAGCUGGUAGUCAGAACGUGUUGAUAAUGGACCCCAGUUCUACAGGGACGAUGCAGCGGAUACAGAGUGAAAAGAGCAUCCUGGAUGAACCAGACUCUCCUUUAGAGGUUGGCUUUGUCUUUUUAUAAAGUUCUGUGGAUCUCUAAUUCACUGUUAUGUUUACUAGUCUUUCCAGAUAAUUACUCAAACGCCUUUGUUGUCGUGACUAUAUAUAAUUUUUCUGCAUUUUCUUUCCAUCUGAGCCUUUGCUAUAAGCCAGAGUGCUAUUCUGAAAAUACUUACUUGUACUUGAAGAGUCUUUUAAGGCCUUGGUUUUUGCAGUAUCAGUAAUACCGAAUACAAAUGUUUGAAAAGAUUAAACUUUUUAUAGUAGACAAACAUUUAACCAUAUUUUGGAAUAGCCAGCCAUUAUCUGUUUGAUCCGCAAGACUCACAUUACUUGGCAAUAUCAUCAUAAAGUAUCUUGUCACUCAUUAGUCGUCUUUUUAAAAUCUGAAUUAACUCCACAUACAUGGGUUCACCCUGUAAGAUUUAAACGUGCUGUCCUCCCCUUUUCUCUGUCCCUCCUGUGUCUGUCAGCACCAUGGACAGUGCAACAUCUUGUAGGUUUUUUAUUGUGCAUCUUUCCCUUCAUA